AUAAACGACAUUAGGACCAUUAAUCUUGAAAAAUUCAAGCUCUUUGUUAAUGGAAGAGAGGGACUGUCAGCAGAAGAGACACUAAAAGUUGGAGCUUACAAUGCGCUAUUGAAGAAUUCAAUGCCGAAUGAAUUCAAAUACCACAAAGAAGACGAAGAGACCUUUGAAUCGUCUCACAAUGCUUUUCAGUCAGCUUUUCCAAGAGGAUUCGCGUGGGAAGUGAUCAACAUGUAUACUGGCCCUCCCAUUGUGACAUACAAAUUCAGGCAUUGGGGUUUCUUUGAAGGACCAUUUAAAGGACAUGCACCUACUGGUGAGAUGAUACAGUUCUACGGCAUUGGCAUUAUGAAGGUAGAUAAAUAUCUAAGAAUAGAGGAAUUAGAGUUAUACUAUGAUCCAGCAGAACUUUUUGGUGGACUACUCAAGGGACCAAAAAUAUCUGAAUCUAACAUUGAGCAAGGCCAGGAUGAUAAUACCACCACUCAACAGUGCCCAUUAUUCAACCACAGCUAAUUAUGUCAAAUUUCACUUCUUCAAUAAAAUUUUGGUACUUCCCAAAUAGUAAUGUUUUAAUAAAGUGUAUGCAACUCUAUUUCCAAAUAGUCAUGUUAUAAUAAAGUGUAUGCAACUCUAUUUCCAAAUAAUCAUGUUUCAAUAAAUUUUAUGCAACUCUUUAUAUUUUUUCA